AUGGCUGGGAUUCGAACCCACGACCCUCUGUUUCAAAGUCCGAAGACUAAUCCACUGGGCCACAACGCUCCACGUAAGGAAGUUACAUACCUGGGUUACGUCAUCAAUGCUAAUGGUGUACUUCCUGACCCCAACAACAUCAACAAAGUAGCAUCUUGGCCAAGACCAAAGAACCCUACCAAUGUCAGAUCCUUCCUUGGACUAGCCUCCUUCUAUCGGCGAUUCAUCAAAUAUUUCUCAAAGAUCGCCUCUCCACUGACCAAGCUCACCCACAAAGGAACAAAGUUCACCUGGACAGAAGAGUGUGAGGACUCCUUCGAUACACUGAGAAGAGCUCUCGCCAAUCCGCCUCUACUGGCAUACCCAGAUUUCUCAACUGACUUCAUUCUAUCCACAGACGCCUCUCUCACUGCCAUAGGUGCCAUACUCCCAGGUUCAGAAUGGAAAAGAACGAGUAGUCGCCUACUUCAGUCAAAUGCUUAA